UCGAAAGUCGAACCAUAAACCAUUUAUUAUUGUGAUUUAGUAUAUUGUUAUUUCUUAAUCAUUGAUAUUAUUGGAUAUUAAAAACCCUUGCGGCUCUUAAUCCUUAAUGUAAUUGCAACCAUAAAUUGUUGGAGUGGUUUGUCUAAUGAGUGUACAAGAUGAAUUGGUUCGACACUUCAGGAUUGACGAGUUUAGCUAAAACAGCUCUAAAAGAGGCUCAGAAAACUAUUGAUAAAGCUUUAGACAUUCAAGAUGAUAGUGACGAGGAGCCUGAGACUAGUUCUGCACAUCCACAGGGAUCAAGUAUAACUAGUGCAAGCCCUUCUAAUCCUAAUCAGAAUUCAGACUUUUUCUCUUCAUGGGGCCUAAACGUUAGUGCAGAGGCACAUAAAGAAUGCUCCUCAAAGGAUUUAGUUGUCACUGAGAGCCCUUCAAAAAGCCCGGGUCAAAAAACUCAAGGUAUGUGGGGGUCGUUUGCUGGUUCAUUUUUUGAGCACACCAAUGACGAACAUACAAUUGUGCGCCCACCUAAAGCUAAAUCGAUGAAUGUAAUAUGUAAUAAGUAUGGCAGUCAGGAGGACCUCUUCUCUAAAAGCCAACUAGUAAUGUCUGACUGUACUGAUACACAGGAUUCUAAAAGGGAUACUGUUAUAUUGGAUGAGAGACGAAAAUCAUCCUUAUCUAAUGCCAUUUCUCUUGUAUCAAGUAGACAUAGCUCAGACUCAGUUGAGGUGUUGUCACAAAGCUUAAAAACCACUCCUGAUUCUGAAAGCACAUAUCAAUCAGCAUCCCAGAGCAGUAGCCUGAAACCUACUUCAGAUUCAGUGGAAAUAGUACCUGACAGUCUUGUAAGUCCUAAUUCUAUAGAAUGUCUUGGGUUUGACAGUUAUGCAAGUGAUUUAAACAGUGGCUCAUCAUCAAAUGCUACUCCAGUUGAUGAGUCUGAUAAGAAAACUCCAAUAGGGGAGAAAAUUAAUAAAGUUAACACAGCUGAUAGUGUCAGCUUAGUUGCUGAAGAUGAUGAAGAUACAAUGUCUUAUAAUUCUAUUUCUGAAUGCACUGCUCCUACAGUGCUUGACACAGAUGACAAACCCUUAAGUCCAAAUCCCAAAUUGUCAAAAUUUGAGUAUAGAAGAACUGAAAAAGAUUUUUUACCCAUAGAACCUUGUAAAAUGCAAAUCAGUGAGAACUCUUCAAAUGAUGGAUCAUGGUCAGACAGAACAUUAAAUGCUGACAGUGAAAGUAUUAUAUUAGAAAAUGUCAUUGAAGACUGUAAAAAAGAAUCUUUGCAGGGUGAUAUGUUGGAGAAGCUCAGUGACUCAUCAUCAUUUUAUAAUAUUCAGGUUUCAAGUGACAUACAGAGGUGUGAUAGUAAUAUGUUUGUCAAUAUAGAGGAGCAGAAACACCUCCCAGGGAGCAAUGAAUCAUCACAUAAAGAUGGUAGUAUGAGAGAGAGAACUUCACCCGACAGUUCCGACAGUAAGAGUGACUUGGUAAAGAUAGGAUCUGAUCGUACAUCAGGUCAUACAUCAGGGGAUGAAAAUGAAACUGCAACAUCUUCUGAUAUAGAAAUUAUUCCUAGCCCUAAUGGAGAUCAUGUACAUGGCUGUAGAAGUAGUCCUGGAAAAUAUGGACUCAGGCAAAAACAUGAUGGUGCUACUUCGCCAAAUUUAGUAGAUCUAGUCUUAGGUAAGAACUUAGCAACGAAAAUUCGUGGCCAUAAUAGGGAAUUAUCGGAUGCCUCAAUAAAGAGUAAUACAAGUGAUGAGAGUCAAGGGUCUGAAAAUGAACGCUUAAUGAGAAGGUUAAGUGAAAUGGCGGAGAUCUUGGACGCUAGAGAGAAUAGACUGAUGGAGGUAACGAGAAAUAAUGCAGAAUUAGUUGAGAGUAAUUUUAGUCUCAAGACUCAAGUGGAGAGUUUAUUGGCAAAACAUGAGAGUAGUGAUAUCAAUACCAUAACAGAGGACUAUACCCAAAGAAUGUCUGCACUUGAGAAAAAAUUUCAACAAGCUAUUAGAGAAAAGGAUCAGUUACGGAAACAACUGGACAACUUGAAACAAGAAAUUGCGAAUAAGAACUCAACAACAACAGAGACAAGGCUUAAAGAGAAGGAGGAAAUGAUAGCCCAACUGCAGGAAGAGGGGGAGAAAUUGGCAAGACAGGAGCUGCAGCAUUCCAACAUCAUCAAGAAGCUGCGGGCUAAAGAGCGUGAUAAUGAACAGGUCAUCAAAAGUUUGAGAGAUAAGGUAGCCGAGCUUACGGGUGAAGUAGACAGAAUGAGGCGUUCCAUAUCAGCCAAGGAAGAGUUGGAAGUGAGUCAGCUCGAGGUGGUGUACCGACUUACCAACACUAACAAGAAACUGGAAACAGAACUCAUGGAGACAAAAAGUGCCUUAGAUGAUAGUACACAGAAAUUAGAGACAGUCUGCAAGUCUCUCGAGGCGGCCAGACGAGAGAUCAACGAUCUGCAACGAAAUAACAAUGACCUGCAGAAAUAUAAGGCCUCGAAACUGCAACUGGAAACAAAGUGUGAAAAGGCCGAGAGAGAAGCAGAUAUACUUAGGCAUGAGCUUCAACAACUUAGAAUUGAAAGGACUAGAGAGGAGCAGCGUUGGUUGUCAAGAGAGGAGGCGUUGCGGCGGGAGAUGAGCGAAGCGAGGUCCGCGGGCGAGCUGGAGCGAGGCGACGCGGGCGCGGCGGCAGCCCUGCUGCAGCAGGUGGCAGCCCUGCAGCGGAGCGCCCUGGAGCGGGAGAGAGCGCACACGGCCGCCGCGACACACCUCGCUGAGGUGGAGAUGACGCUAGCGAAGGUGUUGGAACGGGAGAAGCUGUCCCGGGAAGAGAACCAGGAACUGUCGGAGCGGCUGGCGCGAGCUGACGCCAUGCAGCGUGAGGCCCAGUCUCGCGUGGAGUCUAUAACAGAACACUGGCAGAGCGCUGAAACAAGACUUCGUGCGCUCGAAGAGACGCUCAACAGUAAAGUAAAAGAAACAGAAGUACUGAACCGAGAGAAAGAGACACAGAUAGAGGAUUUACAGAGGCGAGUGAGCGAGACAGAACGAGCGCUUGAAGAUGAGCGAGCCGCGCUAGAGACUGAGAAGAAGCGAAACGCAAUACUGCAGGAGCAGUUGUGCAUGCGAGGUGCAGAGGCCGUGGGUGGGGACGUCGCGUCAGAGCCUGCAGGGGCUGGGGGUCUGCCGGGAGAUGUGUCUCCGCCGCACUCUGUCAUCUCGGACUCAAUGUCUACCUCCUUCUGGAAUGACGACUCGGCUUCAAUAUCGGGCGGCGCAGCGUGGGGAGGAGUUGUGGGAGUUGAGGAGGCGCUAGCGGGCCUGAGGCGUCGGGAGGGGGAGCGGCGAGGACUGGCGGAGGAAGUGCGGGGGCUGCGGCGGGAGAGGGAGCUGCUGAGGGCACACGUGGCCGCGCUGACGGGCCGGCUGGACGACCUGCAGGGUCUCCGUGAGCAAUACGACGCGCUGCUGCAGAUGUACGGCGAGAAGGAGGAGCAGGUGUCGGAGCUUCGGCUGGAUCUGCAUGACGUCACGCAGCUCUAUAAGGCGCAGCUGGAUGAACUGGUCGCGCUCAAGCAGACGCCGAGAUAGACUCCUGACACUUAAUGCUGAUAUAACACUAUAACUUGCGGGUAGUUUUAAAUUCUUAACUUGAUUUUGUCACACACAUUGUCAGGAUUCACGAUAUGCUGGCAUACAUGAUGGUGUAAAUGGAGUGGAAAUAAAUAUGCGACAUAUUUAUGAAAUAUAAAUAACUCGAACGGUUAGCUCAGUUGGGAGAGCAAUCGCACGGGACGCGAGACUUCGUGGGUUCGAGUCCCACAUCGUUCAUAAAUUAUGAUUUCAAAUUUUAUUUGUUUAUGAAAUAUAAUAAUAUAUACAAGAACUAUAUAAUUUUAUUAAAUGGUAAUUAAACCAUAAACUUGAGACGCGAUAAUCUCGAUUUUUGCAUCCUUACAAAAGGAUGAAUGUGCAAUAAAAUAGCAAACCUGAAUAUACCAGUAUAGCAUAUAAUUUAUUUUAAUUUCAUUCUUAUAUAUAGACACAUAAACAGCCAUUGUAUUGUUAGUUAUUAAAGCCUUAAUGAAUAAGACUGUCAAAAUUUUCCCUUUAAAAUUCAAUAUGAACGCAACGAUGUAAAUACCUUGAGAGUUAUUACUAGCAUAAUGAACAUAGCUACGAAAUUAUGUAUUAAGAUUUUAUGUAUCUUAUAUUAUUUUAACUUUACAUUGAUGGUUCCUGGGGAUAAAAUAUUUUAUUGAUUGAAAAUAAUAAUGAAUACAUUGUUUACUUUCUAAUUGUCAUUAUAAUAUCGUAUUAUUUAGGUUAAUGUAAAUAUAAUAUUAUGUAAAUUGUGAUAGCUUGUGUAUCAAACUUAUAUUAUGGUACGAUAUUAUUCUUGUGUUUAUGUUUGUGGAUGGGUUUUGUAGUAUAUUGUAUAUUUACAUAAGUAAAUUAAUUUCAAACCUUUGUUUACAAAUAUAUUAGCCUAAUAACAAUUUGGAGACUAAACAUACAUCAUAACAUUUUAAAAUAUCGAUAAAAACACUGCCAUGUCGAUUAUUUAUUUUUUUGUGAAUUUAAUAUAGUUCUAUAUAUAUUUAAAAAAAUAACUUUGUAGUGCAGUUUUCAAGAAACUCUUUUACGUACAACCAAACUGGAAUGAAUUUCUUGGCACGGUACGAUACGACGAUGGGUAGGUUAUGGCACCUUUAAAAAAGCAUGUACUUCCACCUUACUGGCCGGUAACGCUUUCUGUCCUCUGGAGUUGCGAGAGAGCUUGUUUGGCGGUGAUCACUUACUAUCAGGUGACCCGAAUGCACUCGUGCUUUUAAUCCCAUAACGAAGAACACUUGGGCUGUCUUAUUGACGGAUAAGAAUAUAUACGGACAUAGUCUGUGAACGAGAGAGGAUAAGGGGUGACGUCGUAUUAUAUCACCAUUGAAAUUUGUAACGCCAUUUAACUGCAAGUAAGUAAGAGCGCUUUCGCACUACGUACGAUCAGUGUCCGAUCCGUACCCGUGAAAAUACAGGUAUCGGACCUAAUUCAGAUAUUGAUUAUGGACUAGUCCGAUCUCUGAUACAAUUCCAAGCAAUUCAGGGGCCACUUCUUGGUAUACGGCAUUUUACACGGACCCACAGCAGAAAAUUAACUUCUGGCAAUACUACUACAUAUUGUACGUAUGAAGGCGCAGAAAUAAAGAAUUCUGGGUGCACCCUCUCUUGGUGGACUGACGUUUUAGUUUAAAAUGAGGUUUUUUACAAUCAUCACGCAGUGUUACUUAAAUACGACAGGUAAUUUUUUAAUGACUACCGAAUUAGUGGUCCAAUUUCGUUUUAAUUUACAUCAAAUAAAAGAUAAUAUUUUGCGACAUGACACAAAAUUCUGCACAUCCCUGUAAUUCGGAUCAGACACAGCUCAAAUAAUCUUCUCCGAAACGGAUAUUAACCUUUAAAGGAAGCCGGAUCUAGUGCGCAAACUACCAUAGAAAUAAUUCUGCGACUACGACUAGUGCGAAAGCGAUCUUAAGAAGCGUCGCGUUAACUUCUGGAUAAUCGUGUAUUUUAUUAUGCUAUUACUAUUUGUAAAUAAAGGUUUUCAAUAAUAAAAUCAUGUUUGCAUAUGGCCGAGCUAGCGUUACUGUCGGCCAUUUGUCGAUUAAAUCAUAUUAUUCAUAUUGUAUUUGUUGCCAUACGAGUUUUUCUUACUUGUCAAUUAUACAUUUUAUUACGUCUUGUUGGUCAUUUUAAAUGAAGAUUAGAAAUUAUAGAAUCUAAGAUAUUUCAUAGAGAGCAUUUUACUUUUUCUUUACCACUUAUAACGACCGACGGCGAGAGAACGAUGGGGCGAACGAGAAAGGCUGUCAGUAGCGAGGCGAAUGAAGAAAGACACUUUAACUUCUUGUUUGCUCACGUUGCCAAAUGGCAACGGCAAGAGACCACCGUGUAGUACGCUGUUAUGAAGUUAGCACACAAGAUAUUAAUCUGGCUUGUUCGUCGUUGUUCGUUAUAUGUGGACAAGGCCUUAAAAUAGACAGUUUGUUUGACGAUGUCCUGUAUCUUGCUAAUGUCGCGUUCGUAUCUAAUGUCAAAUUCGCUACAAAUUAAGACACGUUUUAUGUACUGAUUGAAAAUAAAAUAUUAUAUUGA